AUGGCACCAAAAUCUCAAAAAACCAAGAGCCCCCAUGCAGCAAAAAAGUUAAAGCUUGACAAAGAUAAAUAUGCAUUGCCUGAUAAUGAAGAAGUAGAAGCUCUAAAUAUGGCAAACAUGGGUCAUCCAGAAAUUUAUCCGUUAGUGUUAACUACCAUGACCCAGGAAAUAUUUCAAUGCCGAAUAGAUCAAGAUGUCACAGAGGAAAAACCUUAUAAACUUAUCAAAAAAGAAGCUAUUCUUGAGGACUUUAAAAACAGAGCUGCAGUAUCUGAUUUCUACCCAGUCAAAAAAAUCAUUCAGGACUACCCUGGCGAUGAGCUUCUGAUUGUUUAUGACAUAGACUUCAAAUAUGGACUUAACUUUUAUCUUAUUGGAACUGAAGAGGGCAAGGAAAACUAUUUAAAUCCACCAGAAGCGUCAGAAGAACAGGAUGAACUUAAAGAAUUUAAAGAGCAUCUUCCCGAGGACAUGUAUGUUUAUAAGCCACCUGUCUCUAAACCAUGGGUUUCUUUGGGCAGUGAAAAAGAAAUUGAGGAAGAAUCGGUCAGAGGAUCUACAAAGCAGAUCACAUACAUGAUUUCUCGAAAACGAGAAGAAUUUGGUAGUAAGAUUUACUUCAGUGACCAGAAUGCCUCCAGUGUAAAAGAUGCCUAUAUUGAGUGUACGUCCUAUCCAGAUGAAAACUUUACCAUUAAGCAACUUGAGAAAGAUGUUGGCACUCAAGUAGUUCCCAAUGUCAAGGACACAACUACUCAAACAAGAUGGACAUAUCCCAAAAAUGCAGCUACCCAAUAUUACCCAAGAGAAUUUUCAGAAGAGGAAAAAGAGACAUUCAGACAAUCAAAGUCUUUGAUUGAUUUUCUUAACAAUGUGACCACAAGUGUUGAAAUAGCUCUGCAGCAAAAUGAAAUCAUGAACACAUUUGUUGAUGACUGGAAAAACCUGGCAGAAGAGGAAGGCACCUUUGGGGACAAGUCCGACACCCACCUGAAAGAAUACCAGUCCUUUACCGACCUUCACAACCUGACGGAGAAAAUGAUCACCUGCGUCUGCUGGCACCCAGUUAUUUAUGGGCUGAUAGCUGUGUCUGUGGCUGUGCGGCUCUCCUUGGAAGAAAGAGUCCACUUUUCUGGUAAACUGUUGCUGCAGCCAUCACUGAUCCUUUUCUGGAGUUUCUCAGAUCCCAUACAUCCUCAGUUAAUGCUGGAAAGCCCAGAUGACAUCUUCUGCUUCAAAUUCUGUCCAAGCAACCCUAAUAUCAUUGCUGGAGGCUGCAUAAAUGGCCAGAUCAUCUUAUGGGACAUAACUGCACAUGCUGAGCGCAUAGAAAACAUCAAGGCCGGAGGAAGUAGAAGUAAAAAGGCUACCCUCAAGCCUAUGUUUCUCCUUGAACCAGACAGUAAUAAAGAAGUAGCAUAUAUCAGACACUGUGCAGUCUCCUCAAUAGAGAACGGACAUAAGAAAGCCAUUACAGACAUACACUGGCUGCCUGACAACUUUGAGAUAAACAGAUUGGGUUCUGUCUUUGAGAAUCGAAGUGGAAUAUGCUGCCAGCUUGCCACGUGUUCAGCUGAUUGCACAAUAUGUUUUUGGGAUAUCAGAGCACAAAAAGUCUCAACCCCCCAAACAACAGAGAAGAAGAAAGAAGAAGUUAUUGAGAUUCCUUUUGAUGUACCCUCUACUUUUUUGCAUCUAGAUCUCUCCUGGAAACCUCUCAAUAAGAUAAAACUGUCUAAAGGUGAAACCAGUUUAGACCACUGCCCAACCAAGAUAAGCUUGGGAGGAGACCAUUACUUGUACAAAACACAAGACAAGCUAUUAGCUCAGGCUAAGGCAGGGAAGACAGGAGAAAUGACCCCGUACCUUAAUCUGGAAGCAGGGCUGAACAAUUUUCUGAAGCCAUUAGAAGACUUCUCCACAAAGUUGUUUGUGGGAACAGAGGAAGGUGAAGUAAUAUACACAGACUGGAAAAUGGAAAGAGACCCUGAAACCGGCCGACUGGUGGCCAAGAAGCCAGUGAGUCUUUACACCGUCCAUGAUGGAACCGUCCACACUGUUCAAAGAUCUCCAUUUUACAGUGACAUUGUUCUCACCAUUGGGGGAUGGAACGUGGCCAUCUGGAAAGAAGGUGUUAUGAGUGGACCCUUACUUCAGUCAUCCUGUGCACCAAAAAGAUACACCUCAGGACACUGGUCCCUCACCAGGCCUGGAGUCUUCUAUAUCGGCCGAGAAGAUGGAUACAUUGAUAUCUGGGAUCUUCUGGAGAAAACCCACGAACCAGCUAUGUCACAAAAUAUUUGCAUAACUAUGAUCACCUGCAUCAAGCCCUGGACCUUUUCUGUUAAGCAGCAAUUUAUAGCCAUCGCUGAUUAUUAUGGAACCCUGCAUAUAUUAGAAAUUCCUUGGACAUUAAGUCACCCUUCCAGCAAUGAGGCAUCAAGUAUAAACUACUACUUUGAAAGAGAAGUCAAGCAUCUGGAAUAUGUGGAACAGCGAAAACUAAUUCGUGAGCAAGAAAAGAAAGAGAUGGAGCUGGAAAGGGAGAAGAAAAAAGUUAAAACGUAUCAGAAGUCAAAAGAACAAAUGGAGGCUGAAUUGAAAUUAGACUACGAGAGUUAUUUGGACCUGGAGAGGAGCAUCCUUGUCAAUCUUGAGCUGCUCAAAUUGUAA